UGUUUAAAGGACUUUAUCUAAGGUACUCAAACAAAACUAAAUUGAUGUUAAAAUUUGCACAUCGUACCUUAUGCUUUUGUAUCAUUAGACUAACAUAAGAUCCGUGUGGAGAAAGAGCAUUCCUUCGAAAAUCAAUGCGUUCAUGUGGAUGGUCGCGCACAAGAGGAUAUUGACGAUGGACAAAAUUCAACAGAGGGGCUGCUCCAUUGCUAACAGAUGUUGUAUGUGUUGUAGGGAUGAAGAAUCGGUUGAUCAUUUGUUUACUCGGUGCGAGUUCGGGUUGGAGAUCUGGACUGAAGUAAGAAGAAUGUGUGGUGAUUCCUUCGCCCCACAAGAGCAGAUCCUAGACACCAUCAAGUGUUGGAAGAGUGACGUUCCGGACACUACGACGGACUGGAUCGGCUUCUGCAUUCUCCACGCCGUGUGCUGGCAAAUUUGGCUCGAGAGGAAUAGGCGUGUUUUCCAGGAUGCUAGCAGAAGCGCCAAGGAGGUCUUUUGGAUUGCUAUCAGAUCCACGGCGGAUUGGCUAGUCGCGAAAGGCAAGAUCAGCAGGAUUCAGGUGAUGGAGUGGCUCCGCCCCUUGAGGCUGAACUGACACAGGGGCAUUUUUCGGUGGGGUUGUUGCCGUGGGUUCGUUCGCUGGCUGUUGUCGUGUUUGUCGGCUGCCUUUCAGGUGCUGGGCUAGUUGGAAUCCUCUGGUAUCCUUGUUCGGGUUCGGGUUGCUGGUGGCGGCCGGGUUGUUGACCGCGCCUCGCCCCUGUCUUCUUCUUCUCUCUGUCUGUUUUCCUCUGCUCUUCUCAGUGAUGGUUGUGGUCGGAUGGGGCUUUGAUUCCCGUUAGUUUGACAGUUUGGUCUUGGUCUUGGUCCUUGUUUCGUGAGGGACUUUGCUCUCUGUGCGUGGCUGUCCUUUUCAGGCUGUCGGGUGUUUCUUUUUUUUUUUUUUUUUUUUUUUUUUUUUUUUUUUUUUUUUUCGUUUUCUUUUCUUUUCCGUGGGUGCUGCACCUCUGGUGCCGCUUUUUCCUUUCUGUAUCUCGGACUGGUUCCGUUUUGGUUCUAUUUUAAUGCAAUUCUCACCCUUAUCAAAAAAAAAAAACAUAAGAUUGGAUGGUCACUAUAAACCAGAAUAUAUAUGACCUUUAGAU